AUGGCUAGUUGUACGAGCACGAGUACCUCUCCGACUAUUACCGCGAGUGGCACAAGCGUAUUGCGAAGUAUUUUGCCUCAGGAACUUGCUGUCAACGCUGAGGAGAUUCGCGCGGGCUUCCCGAUCCCCUGGGAUAUACCCUGUGAUAUGACUCGCAAGAUCAAUGGGCUAACACUGGACGAAAUGUGGCGUAUGCCUCCGAAGACUCCAUCUGAAGACCGUCCUGUCACCUCGGCUGAGCUGGCGCAACAUUUCAACGCUCAGCAAAAAUUCUUUGCCGAUUGCAGGGAAAAGCAAUUGCAGGAGCACGUUAAGCAAGUAUCACCAUUGGAAGAGCGCGCCAAAUCUGCAUACAAGGCCUUGGCGAACCCACAAGGCGCGUUAUGCUGGGACUUUGAACUGCCCUUCCAAACAUAUAGUCGGCCGAAGUAUUCGAGGAAGAACACCGGAUACUUGUACGUGAUCUUUGAAGAGCCAUUUGCCGUCGAGACGCUCAUUAACCAUUGUACGAGUGAAGCCGGUGGAUUGAGGAACCUCUACUUUGAGCUACGUAUACCACGCCGCUAUGCGAAGCAGUCCAGCAGGGUGCAAAUUAUCCCAUGGAUCGUUUCCGAUGCUACUUACGUUCAUACUCCGGCCUCGCCCCUCGACCCAAAGCUGACUGUUUUUGUCGGCGGGCUGCACGGAAUGGUGACGGCGAAGGCGUUGCAUUCGAUUAUGAGCCAUUUCUUUGGAGAAGUUGUCUUCGUUGGCAUAGACACGGACAGGCACAAAUAUCCGAUAGGAAGUGGACGUGUGACGUUUCUGUCGCAAACAUCAUUUUUCAUGGCGGUCAAGGCGGGGCAUGUGGACAUAAGAACUAAGAAAUUUUCCAAACGAGUCCAGAUCGAUCCAUUCCUCGAGGAUGCACCCUGUAUGACAUGUAAAAUCGAAGAUGGAACAUAUUUUUGUCGGGACAGGUCGUGCUUUCGUUAUUUAUGUGGACGCUGUUGGGAGGAGCGCCAUGACAAGGAUGGUCCCUGGCGAAAUCAUCGGCAUAUGGAGAAAAGCUCGUCCCGCGAACCGCGCAUUAGGAGAGAUUCGAUCAACAACAACUAUUCAGCUGGGGCUUCGCCGCACUACAGUGCAAUGUCAGCAUGGAGCCUGAAUCCGCAUUUGCACAUCUACGCACCGCUCCUCUCUCCGCAGUUGUCCCCACCAAAUGGUCGUCCGAACUCUCCAUAUAUUCCGUCUCAUUUCGACCAACGUCCGCAAAAUAAGAACGCACCAUCGCAAUUCUUCACAUACCCGUCCCUACACGGGAAUCCUUUUGCUGUUAUU